GUUUCCUCCCACCCCCCGCCGUCCCGUCCUUCCGCCCCAUUUCCGCGUCUCGGCGUGCGGAAGUCAACCCCAACCCACCCCCGUCCGAGCGCCCCGCAGCAGCCCGCAGGAAAUCGCCGCGAAUCCGGCGGCCAUGUUCGGCGACUCCGACGGAUCCAAGGACCCCGGCGCCGCGCCGCCGCCCGCCGACCAGCCCUUCCCCAACCGCGAGCUCACCCUCAGCAGCUACCUCUGCGACAAGCCCACCCUCGCAUCCGCCGCCGCCGCCGAGGCCGCUGCUUCCGCGGCCGCAGCGGCAGCGGCGCCGGGGCCCUCCUCCCCUCCCAACCCCAACCCCGCCGCCGACGCCGCGGCCGACGCCGCCAACGCCAAGCUCUGCGUCGAGCGCGACUUCCUCCAUCUCUCCGCGCCCAAGCGCGGCGAUCCCCCCGGGGACGAUUCCUCCGUGGUCGGCGGGAAGAAGCCCCGCCUCGACUCCCUCCAGCUCUCGCUCUCCCUCCCGUCCGACGGGCCCGGGCAGGGGCAGGCGCAGGCGCAGCAGCAGCAGCACCUCCCGUCGGUCCCCGCCGCCGAUGGAGAUCUCCGGGCAGCGUCGGCCGGCGCCGCCGCCGCGCCGCCCCCCAGGCGGACCUACAGCGCCACCACGGGCCGCACCCGGAGCAUCAACUCCGACGACAUGUCCUACUCCUACUCCAUGUUCUCGCACAACCCCAGCUGCUCCCUCACGCACAACUCCACCGACAUCUACGCCGCCGGGGAGGGCACCAACGGCUCCGUGCACAGCAGAUUCAAUUUCCGCCCCAUGGGGGACGGCAGCGUCGCCUUCGCCACGCCGCCGAUGAAGGAGGGCACCUCCGCCUUCUUCCCCACUGAGCUCCCCGCCAAGAUGGCGGCGGCCAGCGCGGGUGGCAGCUUUGACGGCGGCCGCGGCGGGCAUACGUCGCGGCCUGAUAGGAUCCUGCGGGACAUCGUGUCGGACUCUGUGUCGGCCAUGGCGCAUGUGCUGCAGGAGUUCCCCAGCGAGUCUCUGGAGGUGCUGCGGGCGGCGGUGCGGAGCAUGGUUGAUGCUCCGGAGAAGAGGGACGAGCUGGCCAGCCUGCAGCGGAGGCUGGAGCGCAGGUCGGACCUGACGGCCGAGGCACUGGCGCGGGCCAACAGGACGCAGUUGGAGAUCCUGGUGGCCAUCAAGACUGGUUCGGCCGCGUUUGUCACCGGCAAGGGCCGCGUACCAAGCAGCGAGCUCGUGGAGAUGUUCCUCAUGACACGGUGCCGCAACCUCAACUGCAAGAGCAUGCUGCCUGUGGACGAUUGCGAGUGUAAGAUUUGCUCCAGCAACAAAGGGUUCUGUGGCGCAUGUAUGUGCCCGGUGUGCCACAAGUUUGACUGUGCUGCAAAUACCUGCAGCUGGGUCGGUUGUGACGUUUGCGGCCAUUGGUGCCAUGCUGCGUGCGGUCUGGAGAGGAACUUGAUCAGACCAGGCCCGACACUCAAGGGGCCGAUAGGGACGACUGAGAUGCAGUUCCAGUGUCUUGGUUGCAGCCAUUCUUCUGAGAUGUUUGGAUUUGUUAAGGAGGUGUUCAAUUGCUGCGCAGAGAACUGGAAUGCUGAGACGCUGAUGAAAGAGCUAGAUGUUGUCAGGAAGAUAUUUGCUGCUAGUGAUGAUUUUGAGGGAAAGGGGCUUCAUGCCAAGGCUGAAGAGGUCCUCAGCAUGCUUUCAAAGAAAGUUAUCUCCCUGCCGGAUGCAUUGAACAACAUGCUGCAAUUCUUCAAAUAUGGCGUUACCGACUGCUCUGUCACUGGCAGCAAGUCCAAAGGCAUAUUGGCAGCAAAUCAGGCGAGCCAAUCUACGAUUCCCCUUCUAUCUCCGGCCAUCAGUCCACCCAAAUCCUUCAAUUUCAAUGCCAGCACCUCCAUUCUCGACUCACAGAUUGAUGCGCUCAAGACCAGCCCAAAGUCCCUCUCUAUUGAACCCUGUUUUGGCUCCAGCUCAAACCCAUUGGCUAUUGAACCCCGUUUUGGCGCCAGCCCGAAGCCGCUGUCCGUCGAUUCCCGUUUCGGCGCCAGCCCGAAGCCGCUGUCCGUCGAUUCCCGUUUCGGUGCCAGCCCAAAGCCGCUGUCCAUUGAUUCCCAUUUCGGCGCCAGCCCGAAGCCGCUCUCUAUCGAGCCCCAUUUCAGCACCACCUCAAAGGACGACGAAGCCUCCACCCUCGAGACCGUCGUCAAGUGCAAGGAAGCCGAAGCAAAACUGUUCCAGAAGCUGGCUGACGAUGCCCGGAAGGAGGUGGAGAACUACCGGCAGAUGGUCCGCAACAGAAUCCAGAGCAUGGAGGAGGAGUACGCGUCGAAGGUGGCGAAGCUGUGCUUCCAGGAGGCAGAGGAGAAGAGGAGGAAGAAGAUGGAGGAGCUCAAGACGCUGGAGAACUCGCACUACGACUACCACAAGAUGAAGCUGCGGAUGCAGACCGAGAUCCAGGGCCUGCUCGAGCGGAUGGAGGCCACAAAGAAGAUGUGGGUGUAGAGAGGAAACCCGGUAAAAAAACAAAAAAUCACCGCCUGCUGCUCCUGAAUGCCUGGAGAUGCGUUGCUGUUGUUGUCCAUUAGAGUGGAAUGGUUUCUAAACCAAAGCUGUUGUGUUCCAUCUGUAAUUUGCUCUUUUUUACUACCCGUUGUUAACCGUUGUUAUAAGCGGAGGAGGCCUAACCUUGCGCCGGCGGAUAUAACUUGACAGCAUUUUCAGUUCGUUGCUUGCUCA